AUGGCGUCUUCAGUACCAACGAAUGGUGUUGCGGCUCUCACGACAAGGUGGGCGGACAUGGUUCUGGAAGAUGAAGACGAGGCUUUUGAGCCGAUGCCCUUGGCCGACCUGGGUGCUGCUGCGGAUGCUGUCGCAACUUGGCCGGUUGUUGGACGAUUUUUAACGUCAAAGAUGGUGAAACUUGAGUACAUGAGACAGUAUGUGUUGGAUGAAGGUCCAUGGUCGUUCGACAAUUGCACGCUUGUUUGUCGACAGGUGGAUGACGGCGUCUUGCCCGGAAACGUUGCAUUGGAUACGGUUGAUAUGUGGGUGCAGCUGCACGGUGUACCCGUCGGCUAUACUUCGACCGUUAUCCUAGAACAGAUUGGUAAUUUUCUGGGUAAAUACGUUAAAGGGGAUGAAAGGUUUGUGGGUGCGCCAUGGUUGGAUUUCUACCGCAUUCGGGUAGCCUUGCCGAUUGAUAGGCCGUUGAAGAGACGCAUGAAACUCCUGAAACGCGACAAAACUUGGUGUUGGGUCACGUUCAGGUAUGAGCGAUUGCACUGUUACUGUUUCUUUUGUGGUAUGAUGGGUCACGCACACCGUUUCUGUCUGAAAGCAAGGGAGUCUCAAUUACCUGUUGAUCAGUAUCCGUAUGGCCCCGAGCUACGGGCAGGACAGCGCCAAGGGCCGAGAGCGGUAGAGGACAGCUGGCUUGUGCCGGUCAGUGGUCCGCCGCGUUCGGAAGAGACGGCGGCUGAGGUUGCUGCCGGAACAGGCUGUAUUGUGACUACGGUCGAGAGGCAAGAGGCGGAUGUGGCGAUCAUGGCUGUGGCUAAGCGGAGACGUGAGGGUUCCGGGGGCGGUGCGAGGCGGCACGCAGGUGCUGGUAAUGACAUUGUGAUGACCAAGGUUCCAAAAAACUUGCAUGUGGCAGGUUCUGGUUCACAGACCCGCCCAUCAUCAUGA